UGCAUUGACAACUCCAUGCAGUUCGGAACCAGAGCAGCAACAACUGAACCUGGGUUCAUGGGGACAUGGCAAAACGCUGACACUAACCUCUUGUUCAGAAUGUCCCAACAGAUCAAAAGAACCUGUGCUGGCAGCGUUCUUGAGAAUGAUUUUUGCCCAAACUUAGAGAGAAUGGAUUUCAGAUUUGAGAUUCAGGCCAUCCGCUGUACACUGGUAAAUUGCACGUGUGAAUGUUUCCAGCCUGGGAAGAUUAACCUGAGGACCUGUGAUCAGUGUAAACAUGGAUGGGUGGCACAUGCCUUGGACAAGCUUAGCACACAACACCUCUACCACCCGACUCAAGUGGAGAUUGUUCAGUCCAACGUAGUGUUUGAUAUCAGCAGCUUGAUGCUCUACGGAACCCAGGCAGUCCCUGUGAGGCUGAAGAUAUUGCUGGACAGACUCUUCAGUGUGCUCAAACAGGAGGAGGUACUGCAUAUUCUCCAUGGCUUAGGCUGGACGCUGCGGGACUACGUCCGGGGAUACAUCCUUCAGGAUGCUGCUGGCAAGGUGCUAGACCGCUGGGCCAUCAUGUCCCGAGAAGAAGAGAUUAUUACCCUUCAGCAGUUUCUGCGGUUUGGAGAAACCAAAUCCAUUGUAGAGCUGAUGGCGAUUCAGGAGAAAGAAGGGCAGGCCGUGGCUGUACCAUCUUCAAAGACAGAUUCAGAUAUAAGGACUUUUAUUGAAAGCAAUAAUCGCACCAGGAGUCCAAGUCUCCUUGCUCACCUGGAAAACAGCAAUCCUUCCAGCAUUCAUCAUUUUGAAAACAUCCCCAACAGCCUUGCAUUCUUGCUUCCAUUCCAGUACAUAAAUCCAGUCUCUGCCCCACUUCUUGGGUUACCCCCAAAUGGUUUGUUGCUGGAGCAGCCAGGACUGAGGCUUCGGGAGCCUAGCCUUUCAACCCAGAAUGAAUAUAAUGAAAGCAGCGAGUCAGAAGUUUCUCCCACGCCUUAUAAGAAUGAGCAAACACCCAAUAGAAAUGCUCUGACUAGUAUCACCAAUGUGGAGCCCAAAACAGAGCCAGCCUGUGUGUCCCCCAUUCAGACUUCCGCCCCAAUCAGCGAUUUAGCCAAACCCGAGCACACAAAAAGUUCCUUCCGGAUUCACCGAAUGAGAAGGAUGGGCUCAGCCUCUAGGAAAGGGAGAGUGUUUUGUAACGCUUGUGGAAAAACUUUCUAUGAUAAAGGUACUCUCAAAAUUCAUUACAAUGCAGUUCACCUAAAGAUCAAACACCGAUGUACUAUCGAAGGCUGCAAUAUGGUCUUCAGCUCCCUGCGAAGUCGCAAUCGCCACAGUGCAAACCCCAAUCCUCGCCUUCACAUGCCUAUGCUAAGGAAUAACCGAGACAAAGAUUUAAUCCGGGCUACAUCAGGAGCUGCCACACCCGUCAUAGCAAGUACUAAAUCCAAUCUCACCCUCACAAGCCCUGGCCGACCUCCAAUGGGUUUUACCACUCCCCCACUUGACCCUGUCUUACAGAAUCCUCUCCCUAGCCAACUGGUGUUUUCUGGGUUAAAGACUGUCCAACCUGUUCCUCCAUUUUAUAGAAGCUUGCUCACCCCUGGAGAAAUGGUGAGCCCUCCGACCUCACUUCCCACCAGCCCCAUCAUACCAGCUAGCAGUGCUGUGGAGCAGCACCCUCCACCUCCCUCUGAGCCAGCAGUCUCAGUGAUGGUGAUGGCCACUCAUGAACCCAGCGCUGACUUGGCCCCCAAGAAGAAACCUCGAAAGUCAAGCAUGCCUGUUAAGAUUGAAAAGGAAAUUAUUGAUACUGCCGAUGAAUUUGAUGAUGAAGAUGAUGAGCCCAAUGACAGCGGAACUGUGGUCAAUGACAUGAGCCAUGACAAUCAUUGCCAUUCCCACGAUGAGAUGAGUCCAGGGUUGUCUGUGAAAGAUUUUUCCAAGCACAGUCGGAGCCGGUGUAUCUCCAGGACAGAAAUAAGAAGGGCAGACAGUAUGACUUCAGAAGACCAAGAACAUGAGAGGGACUAUGAAAAUGAGUCUGAGUCUUCCGAGCCAAAGUUGUGCGAGGAAUCUAUGGAAGCUGAUGACCGCAUGCACAGUGAAGGGAAUGAAAAAGCCAUGAUGAAUAAUGAAAGACCUGAUGAAAAUCACAAUGAGCCCUCUCACCAGGAUGUAAUUAAGGUGAAGGAAGAGUUUACAGACCCCACAUAUGACAUGUUUUACAUGAGCCAAUAUGGACUAUAUAACGGAGGCAGUGCUAGUAUGGCUGCCCUUCAUGACAGUUUCACGUCAUCUUUGAACUAUGGCAGUCCUCAAAAGUUCUCCCCAGAAGGUGACUUGUGUUCUAGCCCAGACCCCAAGAUAUGUUAUGUGUGCAAGAAGAGUUUCAAAAGCUCCUACAGUGUGAAGCUACACUACAGGAACGUUCACUUAAAAGAGAUGCACGUCUGCACAGUGGCCGGCUGUAAUGCUGCCUUCCCCUCACGGCGAAGCAGAGACAGACACAGUGCCAACAUAAACUUGCACCGAAAACUGUUGACCAAAGAGCUGGAUGACAUGGGCCUAGACUCAUCUCAGCCCUCCCUUAGCAAGGACCUCCGUGAUGAAUUUUUGGUGAAGAUCUAUGGUGCACAGCACCAAAUGGGGCUUGAUGUAAGGGAAGAUGCCUCCUCCCCAGCAGGCACUGAAGAUUCCCACAUGAAUGGCUAUGGGAGAGGUAUGACUGAAGACUACAUGGUCCUAGACCUGAGCACCACCUCCAGCAUCCAGUCCAGCAGCAGCAUCCAUUCCUCCAGAGAAUCUGAUGCAGGGAGUGAUGAAGGGAUUCUCCUAGAUGACAUUGAUGGGGCGAGUGACAGUGGGGAGUCUGCACACAAAGCUGAAGUCCCUGCCCUCCCUGUAGGCAUCGGGGCUGAAGUUCCUGGAUCCCUCAUGUUCAACAGUGUGUCUGUGAGCAAUGGUGGAAUAAUGUGCAACAUUUGCCACAAAAUGUAUAGCAACAAGGGGACCCUGAGAGUGCACUACAAAACAGUGCAUUUGAGAGAAAUGCAUAAGUGCAAAGUCCCAGGUUGCAAUAUGAUGUUUUCCUCUGUGCGCAGCCGAAAUCGGCACAGUCAGAACCCUAAUCUCCAUAAAAACAUUCCCUUCACUUCAGUAGAUUAG